UUGUUUGAAAAAGCAACACAUCUUUUAAGGAACUGCAUUUCUCUGCACAUCUUUCAUCGAUCUGUUCGAAGGACGAAAACAAAUAGUUUCUGCCUCUCCUGACUCACAAAGAUGGCUGCAGCUCUGACUCUCCUUCUCAUUGGUUCUCUGCUGCAAGGUGCUCAGAGUAAAGAGUUUAAGGGAUUUGUGCCGCAGACUAUAGAGGUUCUUACAGGAUCCUGUGUGACCAUCCCCUGCUCCUUUGAGAUAGAAGAUCAAUAUGAAUCAAAUCUAGAUGACACAUGUAGAGCAAUAUGGAAACAUGGUUGGAAAAAUGUUGUGUUUAACAGCAAAGAUCCACAAACAAGUUUAAAUGAUGGAGAACUGACAGGAGACUUGACAAAAAAAACCUGCACCACAACCCUGAACAACAUUCAACCUGCUGGCAACUAUGAUUAUUUGUUCAGGUUGGAAUGUGACAACGGUCUAAAAUAUGAUUUUGCUUAUCAAAAAGUUCUUCUUUCAGUCAAAGAUGUUCCUCCCAGACCGACUCUGACUCCGUCAGCUCUGAAGGUGGAGGAGGGAGCCUCAGUGAGUUUGAGUUGCUCUGCUCCAGCUCCAUGUCUGUCUCAUCCUCCAACUGUGACAUGGACCAAAGGCCUGGGGGACAUUGUGGAGACACUGCAGGAGAAUGAGGACAGAACCAAAGUCCUGACCUCUUAUGUGACCUUCACUGCCUCUCACAAGCAUCAUGGAGAGACAAUCUCCUGUGAGGCCUCCUACCACAAACAGAAUGGAAGCGCUGAGUCAGCUGCUACUUUAACAGCUGAUGUUUCAUAUUCCCCCAAAGUCACCACAGUGUCAGUCCGUCCCUCUGGUCCAGUACUAGAGGACAGUAGUGUGACUCUGACAUGCAGUAGUACUGCUAACCCAGCAGUGAAGAACUACACCUGGUACAGAGCGGAUGGAGAACAGAAGACUUUUAUUGGGACGGGACGUGUUCUCACCAUUAAAGCCUCUAAAGAAGACAGUCCUUUUCUCUGCAAGGCUCAGAAUGAUGUUGGAGUUGGACGAUCCAACAACACACACAUAGACGUUCAAUAUGCAGCACAGAUCCUGCUCUCAUCCGACUGCAUCACAGCUGGAGACCAGCUCAACUGCUCCUGCUGGACUCUGGGAAAUCCUCCUCCCACUGUACGCUGGUAUCUGAACGGGUCACCUGUCAAUCACUCCGAGGAGCUUUCAGUAAGCAGCGAGCGUCUAAAUGACACGACCACGCGGAGCAUCAUCACGGUGAAUAGACGGCAGGAGGCGGGUCUUUCCUCGCUGCUCUGCCGCAGCGUGAACUCUCGGGGAUCUGCUACUCAGCGGUUUUGUGUCGGCAGCUCAGAGCCUCAGAAGUCUGCUCAGAGUCCAGACCGAGUGAUGUUGACAGUUUUCAUCAGUGUGGUCGUCGCUCUACUUGUACUAGUAUGUGCUCUGCUGUUUGUGAUCAGGGCUCAGAAGACCCACCAUGACCGCCUGAGGAGUCAGUGCACCGGGGACACCAGCACGGUGACUGCAGGCCCUCUUCUAGGUGGAGAGGGACAGGAGUUACCAAACAACGCAGAAGGAGCCAGCAGAGGCUCAGAGAAGACCAGUGAGGAGGGCAAAGAUGUGGUUUACUCGACUGUGAACUGGAGGACCAGGAGCCAGAAGAAGGCCGAGGCCUCGGAGGAGAGUCUCCAGCCGGGUGGCUCGUAUCUGGAGGAGGAGAUGUGCACGGCGGGAGGAACGCUCAGAGGCUUUGUGAGCAGCGCACUGGAGAUGGAAGGUCUCUAUGGCAACGUGGGGCCCAGGAAUGUAAAGAAAGAGGUGGGAAGUGAAUAUGCUCAGGUUAAAUUCAAAGACAAGAGAGGGAUGCAUAAGUAGACCACAGAUCUAAAUGCUGUGUGAAGUUUUCAAAGUAUUUCCUUCCUCUGUUAAAUGGGUGUUUUCUUGUUUGUCAGCUAUGGACAUUCAGAUUAAAGGCAUUAUGUUCUUUGUUUAAGAGUUUAUUGGUCUGCUAAGAUAUUUUGAUCAAGUUAAAGUGCAUAUUAACAAUAAUAACAUCAAUGAUGAGCAGUUUUCACAUUUUCUACUGCGCUAAUGCUCAAUACAAUGAGAUGCUGUAUUUACAAGUAUUUUACUUUAGUAGUGUGACAUGUUUUGUUGAUUGUAUUAUUGUUUACAUUUAUUUUGUUGUUGAAACUGAAUUGGCAGUAGCUAUUGGAGCACAAAGUGAGCGCAUUAGUAAACAUGUAUUUUUGUUUUUUUUUACAUAAAUAACAGUCUAUAGGACUGUGUCAUGUAUCUAUAAAUCCAAGCUGAACCUUUCCACCAAUCUUUAACUUUGUAUUUAAACACAUCUCUAAAAGCUUUCCCUGGUUUCUGGCCUCUCAACCUGUACAACAAGCGAUGGGAAGUGUCCAGUGAGCCAGACGUUACAUAAACAGUUGGAACACCAUCAACCACAAAUGGCCUCAUACAAUCAAUGCAUUGAGCCAAACGGCGCCGAUGUCAAGGAUGUUAAUGGGUCAUGGGCCGGUUAGAUUUCACAGCAGGAAUCACAUGUAUGACAAUUCCCCGGCAUGGCUCUUUGGAUGUUGCCGGGGAAUCUGGACAGAAAGGUGCACUAGGUGUGUCAUCUUCAUCCAAGCGCGUGGGUUUACUGGUUGUGGUUUCCUUUGAAGCUGAUGGGUAAACUUUGUUGCGUGCUGCACCCUUCCUCGUGAACCACCCUUUCACCUUUGACAAUUUUUUGCGUUUUUGGCAACUUAGGAUCUGGUCCAUGGGUCUCUUUGAUCUGUUCUUGCUUUCUAUGUGUCAUUCCGUCCUGCUUUGUCUCUUUGAUCUGUUCCUGAAGUUUCCGUAUCAAAGCAGUCUGCUCAUUCAGUGCCUUGGUGUUGUCGCUGAUUUCCCCACAUUUCUUAUAAAACCGUCUCCUCUCAACCAGCACCUGGCGGGACUUUACAUCGACGAGUUUCUUGUCCUUAUAUUGCAAAAUACGGAUAACUUUCCUCUCAGAUUCCAUCCCUUUCAGCACUAUGAGGUUGUUAUUGUCGGUGAAUUUUAUUUUCAGAUCGAUCACACUUCUUUUGAACGUUUUGAACCGCUCCACCUUGAAACGCUGCUGAUAGGCCACCAGCUUUUUGCACCUCUCCCUCUCCUUGCACAAUUCCUUCUCAAGGGAGGGCAGUUUCCAAUUCUGGGAUUUAAUUUCGUCCCGAGGACUCGUGAUUCUCUCAAUCAACUCUUCGGAGUCCUCAUCUUGUUGAUCUAACUCGAUCUUUAGUUCUUUAACAAUGUUAUUUUUUUCCUGCCCCAUGGUCAAUUUAAUUUUGAGGAGAGCAUUGACGGAUCGUUCCUCUUCCACACGUUCUUUCCCUUUAUUGAGUUCUUUCUUGAGAUACACUGCCUCUAAAAUAAAAUAAUAAAAUAACAAUGUCCAUUGAAUGUCCAUUUUUUUCCGGUACUAUAUUUUUGGGUAAGAUUGAAACAGUGUUUUUUUUGAUGGGUCACAGUGAAUUUGAAGUCUCUGUUUUCUGUGUGUGUGUUUGGACCAAAUCUGCAGAGACCAGGUUGUGAGGUCACGGUGAGCUUUCACCUGGAGUCAGAGUGACGUUCAUCUGAGUGUUAAGAUGUAAUUGGAGUACGUGAUUGAGUGGUUAGACCAGGGGUGCCCAAUAGGUUGAUCGCCAAGGCAGUGCCGGUAGAUUGGCUGCCAUUGGAAAAAACGUAACGUUGGGUCACCAUGCAUGUGCGGUGGACCGCGGGAGCAAACGGUAAACUAAUUAGUCAUCCUAGCUUACUAACCAACACAUGUAUUUUCAUUCAAAAGCAACUCUUUUUUAAUUAAAAUUUUGACUUGUUUUUAUCACUUUCAGAUUUUGAAAUCAUGAUUUUACUCGUUAAUGAAAUAUUCAUUAAUGGCACUGCUGUGAUCCCUCCAUUUUUAACAAACUUAUACCCAGGGCCUACUGUAUUUAUAUUAUAAGAUUCUGUCCCCUGAUACCUCAGAACUUUUAUAGCCGCACAUACGUCUGUUUGUUUGUUUUGUUUUCUCCCGUUAACCAACGGUGUUUAAAACCCAUUUUAACGAUCCUAAAUGUGUAAUGUCUAUUUGGUCACCUGAACUGCUCAGGUCUCCCCCGUGUUGUCUCUUGUAAAACUUCGCUUUUAUGGACGUUUUUUAUUAAAUACGACUCACUGAGUUCAGCUGGAGGCGACGGCCGGUUCACUUACGAACCGUUUGACAACGAAGCUUCUCCUUGCCUUACUCCUGUCAUUCUUGCACUGGUCGCGUGGACCUGUACUCCAGAACGUCCUUGUAUUGUGGUUUUACUCAUGUCAUGUGUAUUUUAUGGCUGAUUUUUAACGAUGUGUGCUGCUGCCUUCUUGGCCAGGUCGCCCUUGAAAAUGAGAUCUCGAUCCCAAUGGGACUUUUACCUGGUUA